AUGAUCCAGUACGAUAGAUCUCGCAUCGACCCGAAGCGUCGGGCUGGACUCGACUACAAGAAGAAACAAUUCGCAUCCCCUACCUACAAACAGCAUGAUUAUUCACACCGGCUCAACUUCUAUGAAAUCCCCCCAACCCAAGAGAUCACCCUGGAGGAAUUCGAACAGUGGGCCAUUGACAGACUGAGGAUUCUUGCGGAGCUGGAAGCAUGCUCAUAUCGGAACAAGUCCCCCGCCGAAACAGCGGCCCACAUCACACCCCUCCUCUCGAAAUUCCUCCCGCUCUCCUCAAACAGAUCCUCCAGCACCGGUGUAGACGAACGCCUACGAAAUGAACGCCGAAAAGACCAUUACUCCCACUUCAUCCUCCGUCUGGCCUUCUCUUCAACAGAGGAUCUAAGGCGCCGCUUCGCCCGUCUCGAGACCAUGCUCUUUAAAUUUCGCUUCCAACAAGAUGACACGAAGGAAAACCAAGCCUUUGUCCAGAGCCUCAAUUUCAACUGGGACAUGGUCUCAGAUGAAGAGAAGCAUGAACUUGGCGAAAGCCUGCUUGCAUCUACCUUUGGUGCCCGGCGUCUGGAUGAGGAGAGCUGGUUUAAAGUGGACUGGGAUAAGGUGCCGGAGCUGGUUGAGCGUAGGGGCGUGUUUGUGAAAAAGGGCAAGGCUUAUGUACCAGUGCGAGAACAGCUUAGCAUGAUUCUUGCAGAAUUUACGGCUCGUUUGGAGAAAGCACUUGAGUUUACAAGCCGAGCAUUGCCCCGACUAGAUGAAGACGACCGUCUAACCCCGAUUCUCGACCAUCUCUCGAAGAAUUUCGGCACCUCCGAUUCCAGCUAUAGCGAAGGGGAAGGUUCAGUGCCCGGGGCACCCAUCACAGCAUCAUCCAUAGACGCUCUCUCCCAGCACUUCCCACUCUGCAUGCGCAAUCUACACAUGCAGCUACGCAAAAACUCCCACCUAAAACACUUCGGCCGCCUGCAAUACACUCUCUUCCUAAAAGGCAUCGGCCUCUCCCUCGAAGACGCCCUGAUAUUCUGGCGCCAAUCCUUCAAAACAUUUACAGACGACGAAUUCAACUCCAAAUACAAAUACAACGUCCGCCACGCCUACGGCGACGUGGGUGGCGACGUUAACCGACGCGGACGUGGCUACCCACCUUACUCCUGCCAGAAGAUUUUAACAGACAAUUCGCCCGGUGCCGGGCAGACGCACGGAUGCCCCUACCGGCAUUUUUCGGUGGAUAAUCUCAUCACCCUCCUGCAGGCGACUGGGGUUAAUGAUAAGGAUGUGCUGCGUGGAGUGAAGGAGGAUGUGGGCAAGACGCGGUAUCACCUUGCGUGCAACCGGGUGUUUGAGUGGGUGCAUAAGGCGGAGAUUAAGAAGGUUCGGGAUGAGGGGACAUGGAGUCAGACUGAACUGGAUACGAUUGUGCAUCCGAAUACGUAUUUUAAGCGGAGCUAUUUGUUGAAGAAUUUGGGGCAGGUUGCGAAGAAGGAUGUGGAGAUGACGACGUAA